AUGCCGAAAGUGAUUAAAAGUGCUGGCAGGGAUAUUAUUUUAAAGGUCAAACGUGCUUGUGAAAAAGAAAGAGAUCGUAACGGGCCUGUGGUACCAUUUUCUAAAGAGCACGCCUUGGAGAGCGAAAUAUAUUUUAAUGCUGCGCAACAAUCGUCGGAAGAAAAUCGACCAGUCAUCUAUCUCGACGAAACAUCUGUACACGCUUCAUAUCCCCUCCAAAAAUGUUGGCAGUCGGUGAAAGAGCCGGUUGUUUUAGCUUCUGAUAGCGUCGGUGCAAGGUGGAUUAUAGCCCAUGCCGGAAGCAAAUCUGGGUUUGUUGAAAAUGGAUUGCUUCUAUUUAAAUCCAAAUCCAAAUCAAACGAUUAUCAUGAUGACAUGAACUCUGUAAACUUUACGCUUUGGAUGAAAGAAAAAAUUGUUCCAUGUUUACCAUUGACUAGCAUUGUAGUGAUGGAUAAUGCGUCAUACCACAGUACGCAAAUUAAUAAGACCCCUACAAUGGGCAAUACAAAAGCAGAACUCAAAGAGUGGCUUAUGAAAAAUGGUAUUGAAGUCGAUGAUUGUUGGACAAAACCGCAAUUAUACGACAUCAUCAAAAGGCUUUUAGAUAUAGAAAUGGAUAAAUUUAUUAUUGAUGUUACUGGUGAUUUAUCCGACUCCUCUGACGAUGAUUCCAGCAUGGAUGAGGGUGAAGAUAUUGAAAUGGAAGGCGUGGACCCAUUGGAGGACCACUGUUAUACCAAAUUUAAGAGUACUACACGUGUGCCAAAGACACCAAAAGUUCAAUAUAGUAAAGAGAAUUUGCAGAAAGCGAUCGAAGCUGUCCAAGAUGUUUCCAACAAUUUAUCUACAAGGCAAAUUGCUGAAAAAUACGGUGUUCCGAGGUCCAGUCUCCGAAACCACAUUAAAAAUCCGGGACAUAAAACCAGCUUAGGGCCAUCACCUACAUUAACCGUUGCUGACGAAAGUCGUUUAGAAGAAUUGAUUAUAAUUUCGGCAAAAAAAGGAUUUUUCCGUAAUAAAGAAGAUAUUUUAGACACCGUGCAAAAAUUCCUGAUGGAGAACCCGCGCCCUAAUUCAUUUUUAAAUAAUAGGCCAGGUGAUGAAAAAGAUAUAAGAGGAUGGUUUACUGAAAUUCAAAAUUAUGCUACCGAAAAAGACUUAACUGGCAUUUUCAGUGAACCACAUCGCAUUUUUAAUGCCGAUGAAACAAAUAUCCAAAUUUGCGUUAAAAGUGGCCAAGUGUUAGCAGAAAAAGGUGCGAAAAAUGUCUAUAAUGUUGAACAAACUCAAACUAAAGAGUCCAUUACAGUUUUAUUCACCUUUUCGGCUGCAGGAAAAGUCUGCUGUUGUUCAUUCAUUGUAUAUCCUUAUCAAAGAUUGCCUCAAAAAAUUUCUGAUUCUGUACCUGAUGGAUGGGGGAUUGGAAAGUCCCAUACAGACUUUCUCAAACCCGUUGGUACCCAACACUACGCAUGUUAUGCUUUAGAAAAAGACUGGUCUGCAAUAAUUGAUGCAUUGCACUUUAUUCCAGAAAGCAAAGACGAAAAACCAAGGACACAAUCUGAAGAUAUUGGAUUGCACCGAAAAUUACAUCACUUGGAAACAGCUAUUCUAGUAAUUAUUUGGAAUGUGAUUUUAGAUCAUCUGUUGUCCAAAUUUAUGGUUCAC